UGGGGGAUGUUGCGAGAGAUUUGUGUGUUCUUCCUGUAGCAGCUCUAAGAGGGAGAGGGAGAGGGAGAGGGAGAGGGAGAGGGGGGAUGGAUUUCGAUUUCUCGUCCUUUCUAGGGGGUCCUAGCCCCGACUUCAAUCCGUUCCAGGAGGAGGUGGGCGGAGGGGGGGCCAUCCAGAGCACGUUUGCGGACACGGCGCUGCAGGACAAGCUCACCUUGCUCGUCGACAACUCGUCCCUCUGCUGCUGGACGUAUGCAAUCUUCUGGCAGCUCUCCAGCGCCGACGGCCAGAUGAUUCUGGGCUGGGGCGACGGCUACUUCUCCACCAACGAGAACAGUACCCAGCGGAACGAGGCCAAGCAGUUCGAUGCCGACCAAAUUCUCAGGCGCAAGGUCCUCCGCGAGCUCCACGACCUGUGCCAUCCCGAGGAGGACCUCCGAGAGGUGGAGCAUGUCACCGACCAGGAGUGGUUCUAUCUCCUCUCCAUGUCGUGGAAUUUCCCCUGCGGUGAAGGCAUUCCAGGGCGGGCGUUCCAGUUUGGGCAGCACAUAUGGAUUUGCGACACUGUCAAGCCCAUUAACUUCCAGUGUGCGCGACUGGAGCUUGCCAAGAGCGCAGGAAUUCAGACAAUCGUCUGUGUUCCCACCCGAAACGGAGUUGUGGAGCUGGGAUCCACCGAAAUCGUUAACGAGUGCUCGCGGACACUCCAAGACAUAAGGAGAUACUUUGAGGAGGAGCAGCAGCCAGGUACAUUCCAGGUGGCGGAUGUGCAGCAGCAGCCGCAGCAGCAGCCGCAGCAGCAACCGCAGCAACAGCAUCAUCAUCACCAGGCUUCAGCAUACGAGAGCAUUCUCCUCUCUGGCCCCUUGUCCAGCUCCAGCAGCAUCACCGUCAACUCGGGCAUGGAGCGUGGCGCACACCUCAACCCGUCGCUCAAGGCGUCCUACCCGGACAAGCUUAGCUCCUCGGCCCUGGGCAGCAGCACCGGGAUGGAGUACUUCUACUCGUCCGACCCUUACGACAUGCCAAGCCUGGACAGCGACAAGGAGAGCGUGCCCGUCAUCCUGCCCCCGUACUCAUCCAAGUCGUACGACGACAAGCACUUUUUCCAGCUCGGGGCACCACCCAGCAACAAAGGUGGUGGGAGCAUCAGGCCCGGCCACAGCAACAAGUUCCAGGCCUUUGUAGCGGAGAGUAGUGAGAUUGUCACGUCCAUGGACUCCAAGAGCCGCAGGGUGGCCGAGCAGCAGCAGCAGCAGCAAAAGCAAGCGGCAAGCAUGACGUACUUGAGGGAGGCAGCCAGCAAGAGCUCGGGUCCCAAGCCAGGGGGCAUGAAGCAGCAGCAGCAGCAGCAAUCGGAGACGACGGUGGCAGCUCUGAUGAAUCCACCGCGCUCCAGCAUCGAGACGGAGCAGGAGCUGGACUCGGAAGCGGAGGUGUCGUUUAGAGAAGCGGCAGACUGCAGCCUCAACGUGGUGCAAAAGCCUCCAAGGAAGCGUGGCCGGAAGCCUGCAAACGACCGCGAGGAGCCCUUGAAUCACGUCCAGGCGGAGCGGCAACGGCGGGAGAAGCUCAACCAGCGCUUCUACGCGCUGCGCUCGGUGGUUCCAAACGUUUCCAAGAUGGACAAAGCAUCGCUGCUGGAAGACGCCAUCAAGUACAUCAAGGAGCUGCGGGACAAGGUCCAGAACUUGGAAACACAGAUGAAGGAGAUGCAGCUCCACGCGUCGUCGGCGUCGUCUCGUCAUGCUACUCAUGCUGCCGCUGCUGCUACUGCUGCUGCUGCUGCUGCUGCUGCUACCAACACCAACGAUGCGACGAGGCUCCUGGGAAAGCAAAGUAGCCUGGCCACCUCUCUCAGUGCCAGUGCCAGUGCCAGCGCCGGCGGCGAUGUGCUGGACACGCAGUCGGAGGUGCGGUCGCGCUACAAGGAGCGGGAGCAGCAGCCGGAUGUCUACGUGCACCUUGUGGGAUCGGAGGCACUGGUGCGCGUCAAGUGCCCCAAGGACAGCUACCCCGUCGCCAACCUCCUCGUCACGCUGCAAGACGAGCUCCAGCUCCAGGUGGAGCACGCCAGCAUCUCCAGCCUCGACCGCCACCACCUCCUCCACACCGUCAUUGUCAAGAUGCGGGAACACGUGUCGCUGACCAAGGAGCAGCUGCACUCGACGGUGAGUCGGGCGUUUCAUCUGGCCAAGAAAGAUGGCGCUCCUGCGCCUGCUGCUGAUCGGCCAAGCGACUGACUGACCGACUCGACGCGAGUGAUUGUCUGUGUUUGAGCGGCAGCAGCACCUCCCCAACCCCACGCAUGUAAUUCUACACCGCCCGGCGCUCCACUCGGAUGGCGCCCCUUUAAAAUGGCUAACAAAUCCAAAACAAAACCGAGUUAUUUCC